AUGUCGAGCCUGACUAACGCGGGAUCGAUGCAGGGCGACUAUGAGCCAGCGGAGAUAGAGAUAGCAAUGUCGAUGGCAACGAUGAUGUUCAUGGUUGCUGAUGAUGAUGAUGUUGAUUGGGAAAAUACAAAGCACUUCCUUCUUAUCGGGUUUCUCGGCAUGUUUGUCGGAGCGAUUGUGUUCUACUAUCUCUCCAUGAACAAGAAGGAGAAGAAGCUACAUGAAACUCUCAUGUUUCUCGUUGCUGUGACUUCUGCCGCUGCCUACUACCUCAUGUGGAGCGGCUUCGGAGUCGUGAAGAAGACAGACUCAGCAGGCAAGGAACGCCUCGUCUUUUUCGCACACUUCAUCGAGCGUCUUCUCACUACUCCGCUCCUCUUGUACUCCAUCUGCGACCUGACCAACGCGGCCAAGGGAGAGACUGUGAUGAUCCUCGGCCUUGACAUGCUCAUGGUGGCCUCUUCUACCAUCGGAGCGACUCAGCUUCGCCCCUGGAAGUGGUUCUGGUGGACUGUCGGGAUUGCCUUCUUCGUCUUGUUGGCGCUUCAGGUGUGGUCGUUGUAUAGCAAAGCAAAGGAGUCUGGCAACUCCUACGCAGCGGGACUUCAGGUGUUGGUCAUGAUCCUCCUCGUCUCUUUCAUCGUCUACCCCACCGUCUGGGUGUUGGGAGAGGAAGGGCUCCAGGCUAUUUCCAUCAACAUGGAGUCUGGCUUGUACGUUCUUGUCGACCUCGUCUCCAAGAUUGUCUUUGGUCUUUACUUGUUGUUUGCUGUGCUUGGCAGCGAGGAGCAGGACUCAGAGGGAGCCGAGAAGACUUCCCUAGUCUAG